AUGACCAUCAACGAGGUGAGGCUGAAGAAAAGUCCUAUAUAUGGGAAUAGAUCCCGGCAAUGUUUCCUGGCCGAGGUUAACGCUCCUCCUCAUCCAGGUAUCAUUGAAAGUUUGCAAAAUUUGUACAAUGAGCUGCGCAACUAUCACGCCCCUGAAGUUAAACACCCCAGCCUUGACCUUUUGAAGCCAGCCAGGAAAUCAGUCUUCUCAUCACUAUUUGGCUCAAAUGGUAAAGCACAAUCUGCCAUUAGCGACAUCCCAGACAAUCUACCUCGUGGCUUGUAUUUGUACGGCGAUGUGGGCAGCGGCAAGACGAUGCUGAUGGACCUGUUCUACGACACGCUCCCAAGCUCCGUCAAGACAAAGACUAGAAUCCAUUUCCACAACUUCAUGCAAGAUGUACAUAAGCGACUGCAUAAAUUGAAAAUGCAGCAUGGGACGGAUGUGGACGCCGUGCCCUUUGUGGCAGCGGAUAUUGCCGAGCACGGAAAUGUACUGUGUUUCGACGAGUUUCAGUGCACGGAUGUGGCAGAUGCCAUGAUCCUGCGAAGACUACUAGAGUGUCUCAUGUCCCACGGUGUCGUCCUAGUCACGACAUCCAACCGUCACCCGGAUGACCUGUACAAGAAUGGCAUUCAACGAGAGUCUUUCAUCCCCGCCAUCAAGCUCCUAAAGAACAGACUACAUGUUAUCAAUCUUGACUCGCCUACAGACUAUCGAAAAAUACCUCGGCCGCCGUCAGGAGUAUAUCACACCCCGCUCGACGCCCACGCCAACUCUCAUGCUGAGAAGUGGUUUCGCUUCCUUGGGGAUUCUUCAGACAACCCACCACAUUCAGAGACUCAAAAGGUUUGGGGACGAGAAAUUUACGUGCCCCGGGUCAGCGGCAGGUGCGCCUGGUUCACCUUUGACGAGCUAAUACGACAGCCGAAAUCCGCCGCCGACUACCUCGAGCUCGUGCGCGCAUAUGACUCCUUCAUCGUUACCGAGGUGCCAGGAAUGACAAUCCGUGAGCGCGACCUAGCCCGUCGAUUCAUCACCUUCAUCGACGCCGUCUACGAGGGCAACGCGAAGCUAGUCCUUACCACGGAAAAGCCACUAACGGAGCUCUUCAUAUCGAAAGACGAAAUUGCAGAGAGUUUGCUAAAAAAUAACCCUCAGAGCACUGAACAGGGAGAAAAAGCGGUGUCCACUGUCAAGGAACUAAUGGAAGACGUGGACCGGCAAGCCGAAGAGCUCAAGAAUUCAAACCUUUUCGCAGGCGAAGAAGAAGCGUUUGCGUUUAUGCGAGCACUGAGUCGGCUCAAGCACAUGGAGAGCAAAGAAUGGGUCGAGCGAGGCAUGGGGUUGGAAAGCCAAGGAGGCAAGGAGGACAAAGAUAACUGGUCCAAGACGAGAAGUCGGCAAAUGGAAGAUUCAAUGUAG